ACCAAUCAAACCCUCAGUGACAAAAAAAAAAAAACCAAUCAAACCCUAAAAAUAAACUUAUCUUGUGAAUCUAUUAAGCAGAUCUCUAAUCUCUUUGCCUACUAUUUAUAUAUAGUCUCUUUUAUAGCCUACUUCUACUAACCUUUUGUGUCCCUCACAAUCUCACAAAGAUAAAACUAAAUGGCGGGAGGAAUAGGGUUGGGUGACACGACGUACACAAAGGUGUUUGUGGGAGGAUUAGCUUGGGAGACGGACAAGGAUACGAUGAAGAAGCACUUUGAGCAGUUUGGUGAGAUCUUGGAAGCUGUAGUCAUCACCGACAAGGCUUCCGGCAGAUCCAAGGGAUAUGGAUUCGUGACAUUCAAGGAAGCAGAGGCAGCGAGGAGGGCUUGUGUGGACGGUACUCCGGUGAUCGACGGAAGAAGAGCUAAUUGCAACCUUGCCUCUCUUGGUCUUCAAAGAUCCAAACCCUCCACUCCUAACCAUGGAGGAGGAAGGAUUAAUAAUAUGAGAGUGAUGAUGAGCACAAUGCAAACUGGUUUUGGACCACCACCCACUUUCACUCACUAUCCCCACCUCCCUCUCAAUCUCUUUGGGUACUCACCUUACUCGUCAGAUUACUCUCCAUUUCCUACGAACUUAUACGGCGUGUACGGAUGCAACUCAGGGGGACAAUACGGACUGUAUGGAAACGGAAACGGUGGAGGCAGUGGACUAACCGCAGCUGCUGCAUCGGCCGCUCCUUUUUAUCCGUGCGGUGGAGGACAAGGUGGGGUCCAAUUCUCACAACCACAGCCAUUUUAUCACCAUUUCUCUGCUUAUGACAACCCUCACCAUUACUCUCCUGCCACCAUUUCUCUUCAACAAGGUGUAACAGGCUUUCCCCUUCAGCCACCUCUCAUUCCUUACCUUUGAUAGCAAUCAAAGCUAUCACAAUCGUCGUCAUCAUCGAGUCACGAGUCAUCUAUGGUUUAUUGGAUACUCUCUGGCUAUCUCUCAACACUUUUGUUUCACUCUAAAAGCCACCCCAUUUUAUGGAACUUGAGGUGGCUUUUAUUUGCGGAUUCCCAAUGGGAUCUCCAAUUUCAUAUGGUGGUUAUGUCGUAUUGUCAUCUCCCACCUUCUUUGCAACUGCAUCUUCACGAGAGAAAAGGGUUCUCUCUAGAUAGAGUGAUGAUGUUGCUAAUGGAGCACAAGCAUCAAAAUCACUCAUGUGCUAAACUCAAAGCUGAUGCAUGUAUCAGCUUAUUUUGUUAUCUUGUUUUAGCCUAGGGAUGGCUAAUCAACAAAACAAAAAAAAAAUGUCUGUUUAGGAUUUAAUGUAAGAAAAUCAAGCACUAAAAACUAUGUGCUUUUUGAAAGACUGAAAAAAUGAUUGCAUAUUUAAGUAUAA